AUGGAACGCGAAAAGAUGAAAAAUUACGAAAGAGAGUACUUCGAGUUUUAUUCCGCUUCACAAGAGGCACCUCAAUAUCAAAGCCAACCUAUGAAUUUUCAAAACUCGCAAAGGGCUGAUUACGAAGGAGCCCAUGGGAGUCAACAAUGCUACGAUCAUCCUCCAAGUUCGCAGCAGAUCAAUGACUUCCAAGCUCAUCCUGGGUUCAACUCUCAAGCUCCUCACUCACAAGGGUAUUCGGAGUUUAGCGAUCCAUCAACAAUUUCGGGCAGCCAAGUUCACGGACCGUCUCAAAAUCAAAGACAACCCAUGCAAAAUGUCACUAAUGCUUAUCAACCUCGGAUGCACAAGCCGCAAUUUCCGGCCAGUUUUCCUCAACAGAAAAGACCUGCUCCAUAUAACAUUCCUAGUCAAGCGCCUUUUCAAUCGAAGAGUCCUUACGACCAACAUCAUUCGCAACCUCAGCACAAUUAUCAUCAACCUGCGGCCAAUUUUCAUUCUCAUUCGCAGCAUGCCAACCCUUAUCAUAACCAAAACGGCUUCCAUCAAAGAGCGCCAAAUCCAAGUCAGUAUCAACCGCCGCCUAAUUAUCAUCAGCCGCAGCACUCCCAGCAGCCUCACGUUCAUGUCACUGCUCCUCGACAUCACCCACAGGUUAAUCUUCAUGAAAAAUUCGACGAGUUGGUUUCAAAAAGCAAGCGCAAUUCUCAAGGAAGACCCGAACGACCGCCGACUGGUUUUGACUUUCCGGUAAAGAAUCUUCAAUACCAGAAAGAAUAUGGAAAAGGGCAGUGGUGGCCGUUAGCCGAUGCAGAUUUUGUCGUGAAUCUUCGAAUCAAGCCUGGAAGCUACUUACUCAUCUUUGAGAACCUUCCUGAGAUGAUGUGCCUGGUCUGCAAGCUGAACGACAUGAUCCACUAUUACAUCGAAGAAGAUUUUCUUUACAUCGUUCAAAAAUCGACAAAGAAAUACCUACGAUUCGAAUUCAUCGACUUCGGCGCAAGGGGUGUUUUCUUACAAUAUGCCUAUGGUUUCUUGACGCAGCUGAAAGAAGAUAUUCUGAAGAUUGAUGAUUCUGAUCUUACAGCCAGGAAGAUCGCAGCAGAUAGACGUGAACGAAUACUGAAACUAAAGGAGGAAGAGAAGAUUUCAAAAGAGCGCCUUGAAAUGUCUUUUGACGAACAUAACUCGCCCAUUCGACCAAGAGCAUCAACGCUGGAGACUCCAAAAAGAUCAAGUCCGGAUUUGAAACGGCAAUCGUCCCUAGGAGAAGUCAACAAUCAUGUAAAAAGUCAAGAACAUAGCUUUGAUUUGUCGGAUCAGCAAUUGGAUAUUGACGUCGACGCAGGACCUGCAUCCUCUUCUCUACCCCCGCCGCUGAAAACAAAGAAAAAAACAAAGCCGAAAAAGAAAUCGUCAAGUCAAGAAGAAAAACCCUCUAAAACUCCUGAAGUAGAUGAGGAUCCUUUCUCGAUCGCCUCAAUACUUAGUCGACCGAAAAGAAAGUCCAACGAAACUACAAUGUUGUCGAUGCAAAUCGACAUUGGACAGCAGAAAGAGAUAUUGGAACGAUCCAAGAAGAAACUAAAAGAAAGAAAGAGUUCGCAAAAAAGGAAAAAGAAAGCAGAACAGGAUGAAGAAGAAAAUAAGAAUGAGAGAGACGAAGGAGAGUUGCCACCAAAAGAACAUUUUAAAGUUGACGAAACGACAGCUGUCCUUCUUCAAGAAUUUGAAGAGACCGUGCUGAACGCGACAGAAUGGAGUGAGGAAAAGGAAGGGUAUCGGGAAUUUAUGAUCGACUACAAACAGAUGGAAGAAAUACAACUUGGAAAAUAUGGAAUCAAAAAUAGAACAUUCUGGGGCUUGAACCUUUAUCGAAAAGAAUUGACUGGUGAUAGAGAAUGGAAGGCAUUGAGCAAGCCUGGGCGAAGAAUCAAGAUGGAGAUGCAAAUACAAGUGAAAAGAGUUCAGUUCUUUUUGGAAGAUACAGUUGAAAUAUUCGCUGGUUUACACGGAGAAAUCCAGGCUGCCUUUUACGGUCGAUCAAUUUAUCUUGUCAGUGCCGAGGACAGGUCAUUCUUGCGAUUCGAGUUCGAUACUCAUGACGAUCCAAAUGCUAUGAAAAGGUUCUUCAAUCUUGGUUCAUCUUUCAUCCUUUCACGCACUAAAGACAACAGCUUAAAAGAAAAACCUUCAAAUGAAAACUCUUCUCCACCAAAGCGUCCAUAUUCUAAAGAGGAGCCAACCAAACAUUCAAUCCAGGAGCCACAAACGUCAUCAGUAAGAAAACCAAAGUUCUUCGUGAUAAAUCUCUACAAACUUGAGAAAGUCAAGGAGAAGCAAGAUCGUCUUACAGGAGUUUGGGAGAGAAUAGCCCCGAAAAAUAAGCCUGUCGGAGUGAGCUUCAACGAUAACGGGAUUGAAUUCAUUUUGCAACCUUAUGCAGAAAAUGAAAAUUUUACGAUCAAACAAGAUGAUGAAUGCUUCUUCAAGAGGAUCUCACGAUCGGACCAGACUACAACGACUAUAACUCGCUGGCUCUAUCUGCAAAACUACACGUCGAAGGCUGGAUUCCGAUUUAGAUAUGAAGGAGAGUUUGACAAAAUUCACAAUGCUUUUAAAAAGAUUCUUCAAAAGAAAUUUGAAAGAAAAGGCUUGAAGGUAUGCAAAUCGAGGCCAAACAUUCCGAAGCCAACUGAAUAUCAUCAAACUCAAUCAACACCUUCAUCGAAUCCCCCGAUCGUGCAUAAGAAAACUAAGAAUGAAGCUGCAGAAUCACAGCUUUCAUCGUCGUUCCAAAAGGAAAAUGUCGAGCGUUCAACGGAUAAAACUCCGUUGAACAGAGACCCGUCGAAAAAGAAGCGUUCUCGAGAACAAAUAAUAAUGGACAAGAAGAAUAACCUUGAGAGAAAAGUCAACUCUUGGAGCAAGCGUCUAAACGAAGUUUUAGAAGCUCAGGAAACUGCAUUCAGUAAGCGGGAAUCUAUCAACAGUCAACCAAGAAGUCAAAUACGACAGCGAUCUUCUACUCUUGAGCUUAAAAAGGCAGAGAAUUGCAAAAUGAAACGACAGAAUUCAAAUUCGAUGGCUGAUCUGGACAAAUUGAACCAAAAGUUUGAUGUAAAACAGCCUUUGAGAAAACGAAGAAAUACUGAAAACAAAGAAAACUAUCAUCAAGUGCCGACUUCUUCAACAGCAAUCCCGGAAAUGGACACAAGUACCUCACAAUUUGAUGACAGAAAAUCAGAAAGAGCAACUACUUGUCAUAUGGACAUUCCAACGCAAGUUUUCAAAGACAACUCUCUUGAUAAUAGACUUGACUUUCUAAGAGAUGUGUUGCAUGAACAACAAAACGAUGCUGAAUAUCCUGUUGCUCCUUUACUCUCAAACGGAAGGGGAAGGAAUCAACAACAAAACGAGCAACAAUCUCGAUCAUCUUUUCAUCAAGCCAAGAAACGUUCCCUGAGAGAUUUUUCGCCGCCUGGAAAUGAUAAAAAUUUUUAUUGA